CUCAACAUGGUGUUUGAAUGUUGUAUGGUGUGAAUGUAUACUGUCUCGUUUGUGAAGUACUAACAUAAACUUGCAAAUUUGGAUGUGUCCAGACAAGGCAAGUUAUUGUUGAAUAGUGAGCUCCAUAAAGGCGAGUGGUUAUUAAAUUAGACUUGUAUGUGGUGGCGAAGUAGUAAACUGUCAUUUCCAAGCAAAGUGUCGGUCUUAACAGCGAUGUGAGAGCUAGAGUGAAUGCCCUUUGACGCCCAGUGCACCAAGUUACCACCCCCGUUUCAAUCAACGGGGGUUAUAAUAGUUGUUCGCAUAAACUUUUGAAAUGAAUGUGACAUGGUGCUGUGAAAUUCCAAAAAUUCAUCGACAGGCAAUAGGCAUUUCCUGAUACACUCUUUUGAAUCAACAGUGGUACGUUGUGAGAAAGCUUUUCCGAGUAGUGAUUGAAGUAUGUUUGCUAAGAAGAAAAAGAAACCGCAGAUUUCCUCUCCCACAAACUUUGAACACCGUGUUCACACGGGAUUCGAUAAGAGGGAGGGGCGGUAUGUGGGGCUUCCACUACAGUGGGCGAGCAUCGUUGGAAACAAUCAAAUCCUGAAGAGUACAAACAGACCACUACCUCUGGUCGAUCCUUCUGAAAUAACACCAACGGAGAUUUUGGACUUAAAAACAAUCGUUCGUGGUGAUCCUCGGCUGAGUGGCAUUCCGAAAACUUCGAAUGUCGCCCGAUCGAACUCGUUGCGAUCGUCGAGCCCGCCGCGGCUGUCGAGGCGCGGGGAGUACCGCCAGGCUGCUGCUGGUGUGCCGCCACCAGUGCCAGAGGGGGAGGUGAUGCCUCCACUGCCCCACCAGCAGCAGCUUUACAGUGGGGGCGGGCCGACGGCUGGACCUCCUGGCCCUGGCGGGUCUGUGAAGCACCAGCCCUACCUGAAGCAGUCCUCGCCAGAGGGUGGAGACUGGCUGACCGGCAGCAGCCGCACUGCUGAGGCCGGUGGCGACUACCGCGGCACCCCGGCUUCGGCGUACCAGCAGAACCUGGCGAACGGCAACCUACCUCCUGCUGCCACCUCCCCCACCGUGGGACCCGUGACGGGGGCGUACCGCCCGCCUGUGUCGCAGUCGCCCGCCACACCGGGCCCGCAGCAGCCCCAGUGGCAUCAGCAGGCACCCCACCAGCACCCACCCCACACCCACAACAUAAACACCAAGGUCAGCCACUUGCCCCCCACGGACGGACGAACGUCGCACCACGCUGCUACCCCUAAUGUCGGCGAGGCACAGCCGCACGCGGUGGCGGAUCGUGACAGGAAUCACAACCACAACCACGGCCACGUGCGGCCCGCGGUGGGGGGCAGCAGGGACCACUCGCCGCUCGGCCCGUCGCCCCAGCAGCAGCACCCGCCUCCGCCCCACCAGCCGCCCCCGCAGCAGCACUUACCGCCGGCACAGCCGCAGCUCCCGCCCACUGCUGCCACACCACAGCCGUCGUCUGGGGUCGCCCCCCAGGCUGCUGCUGCCGGCAGUGGGGGAGGAGCUAAGCCGCCACAGCACGAGCAACAGAGGCUCACCCACGAGCAGUUCAGAGCUGCUCUUCAAAUGGUGGUGAGCCCUGGUGACCCACGUGAAAACCUGGAGCAGUUCACCAAAAUUGGUGAAGGCUCUACAGGAACUGUGUGCAUUGCUGUGGAGAAGUCGACAGGCCGCCAGGUUGCUGUCAAAAAGAUGGAUCUCCGGAAACAGCAGCGGCGGGAACUUCUAUUCAAUGAGGUGGUGAUAAUGCGUGACUACCACCACCCGAACAUCGUGGAGAUGUACGACAGCUUCCUGGUGCAAGACGAGCUGUGGGUGGUGAUGGAGUUCCUGGAGGGGGGUGCCCUGACGGACAUCGUGACGCACGAGCGCAUGGACGAGCAGCAGAUCGCGACAGUGUGCCGGCAGUGCCUGCGCGCGCUCUCCUACCUGCACUCACAGGGUGUCAUCCACCGUGACAUCAAGUCCGACUCCAUUCUGCUGGCUGCUGAUGGGAGGGUAAAGCUGUCAGACUUUGGUUUCUGUGCCCAAGUUUCACAAGAACUUCCAAAGCGAAAAUCACUUGUUGGAACACCGUAUUGGAUGUCACCAGAAGUUAUCUCUAGGCUUCCAUAUGGGCCAGAAGUUGACAUAUGGUCACUUGGUAUUAUGGUGAUAGAGAUGGUUGAUGGUGAACCUCCUUUCUUCAAUGAACCACCACUGCAAGCAAUGCGCCGAAUAAGGGAUAUGCCUCCUCCAAAACUGAAGAACACUCACAAGGUAUCACCGAGGCUGCAGGGAUUCUUGGAGAGGAUGCUUGUCCGAGAUCCUGCGCAGAGGGCGACAGCGGCGGAGCUGCUGCAGCACCCUUUCCUGAGGCAGGCGGGCUCCCCGGCACUCCUGGUGCCGCUCAUGAGAGGCUCACGCCACAGCAGCUGCUAGUCGCAGAAGCCGACCUCCCGCAGUAACCCGAGUAGUGUAUGUUACACAGUCAAGUGCCUGUUUGUGCCAUUACAGUGCACAUCUACCUAAUUCUACCACAAAAUGAUCACAAAGUGAUCCUUUUUAACACGGGUCUGGUUGAACACAAAGUGAGAAACUAUAUUCGUGGAUUCGGCAGCUUGUGCAUUUAUGUCUUCAUCGUCAUUUUGAAGAACUUAUUGAUACUGUGGUGAGAUCUGCCUGUGUAUAGUGUUCAGUCUCCAUAUGUUGCUGUUAAGGGUAUUGAGCUUGUAUUUACCUCAGCUAAUGCUUAUUGCCCAGUAAAUGUGGAAUUAUGUGGGCAAAAUUUCUAGAUACAGAUGUUGAAAAUGUACUUAUUGUGUACUGUAGUACCCGGAAUUUUAUAUAAUAUUUUUAUUAGUGAGUAGCAGUAAAUGAGACUUUUUGAGAAGUACAUAGGAUACUGCAUUAGUAACAGCAAGAAUCUACCUUUAUGUAUAUAGGUGUUAUUAAAGCUUUCCAAAGAUUGGAUCAAAGGAUCGAAAUAAAAAUGUAUUUCUGUUUGCUGGUAUCUAGUGCAAGUUCUUGAAUGUAUUUACAAGAAAAUAGUUAAGUUUAUCUCUCUUCAAGAACAUUCAGCAUUAAGCAGCAACAGUGAUAUCGAACUUCCCAAGGGACUAAAACUGUGUGCCACCCAGGACUCCGACUGUAGCUUUGCAUUUUGCAGACUUCAAUAGAAGAAUUCCUGUGAAAGCCAAUGUUCUGGGUGAAAAGAUCUGGUCCAGCACACACUUUUAUUCCCUCGGGAAGUUUCAUUGCAGCGUACACUCAAGUGUAGAGUGAAACAUGUGUGCUGGACUGGAAAUAUAUGUUCAUUAGGUGAAAAAUCCAUGUGGAAAUUUUCAUAUGUUCAUCAUCUUUGCUUGAUUGAAAGGUUUAUUUAUCAAGUUGUGUGCAGCAAAUAGGAAACAAUGCUCUAAGGCAGCUGUGACAGAGUUCUUUUAAUUACUAGAAGCUCAUUCACAAUGAUUUGUAUGUGCUACAGUAAAUUCUUCCCAUUUAGUAAUUAACUGAUUGAAAUUUGUUGCAACUCAUCUAUCUUUGUAUAGUUGUACAGUCUUCAACGUGUAUGGUAAACAAAAUGUGUAUUUCCUAAUGAAAGGAUAAAAUGAAGUAUCUCAGUGGCCUUUGCAUACAAUGAGUUAAGAUGAUAUUUUUGUAGCAGUUAAUCACUGCCCUGGCAGUGGGAAACCUUCCUUAUGUUCCGAUAGAAUGGUGUAGGGAAGUCACAGAAAGCGUAAGAUGAGAGAGACUGGGGGUUAGAUGUGAGUCAUUCGUGUAAAUGUAUUGUUGUCUUCAUGUUGCAGCAUGUCAGUUGAUUGGUUAUUGAAUUUAGCUUAUCUGGGCUGUUCUCAUUGCAUCUGGAUGGUGUUGUAUUUGCUGACAGGCACAUAAGGAAGACUAAAGCUUUCGGACAAAUACAUACAUAGACAUACAUACCCCUGUGCACAGUGCGUCACCCCCCCCCCCCUCCUCACACACACACACACACACACACACCCACACACGUGUACAGCCGAGAAAAUGAUUGGGAGGAGGAGGAGGGCAUGUGGGGGAAGGGUGGCAGAUGGCUGGGAGGGUGACAGCAGGCAUAUGGUGUAGAAAUGUGGGAAGGAGAAGCAACAGGUGCCUGCACCCAUACCCUCUUUCCCAAAGCCUCAUCUUCCUCUGUCCUGUCACCCCCCCCCCCCCAACCUCCUCCUCCCUGAAAUCCUCUUCCCCCGUAUCAUCAUGCAGUGCACAAACUCAACAGUUCCAAAUCCUGUGUGUUGCUUUCCUAUCCUGUGCACCUGCUGCCUCUCUCUCUCUCCCACAUUACUAUCUUGCACAACUGCUAUCACCCUUCAAGCCAUCAGUCACUCUUGCCAAUCCUUCUUCCUGCUACCUGCCACUUUUCUCACCUCACCCACGCCAUCCGUCAACAAUCACCACCCCUUACCACAGUCUGUCUGCUGAACUGCAGUCUUGGCAUUGUGUAUUUGGCCGGUACAGUGUAGCCAUACAGGUGUGUGUGUGUGUGUGUGUGUGUGUGUGUGUGUGUGUGUGAGAGAGAGAGAGAGAGAGAGAGAGAGAGAGAGAGAGAGCGCUAAGUUGUUUAUAUUCUGCCAUAACUUUCCAUACCUCAUUGGUGUCAUAUUUUGCUAGGCUUGGAGCUAAUACCUGUUUGAUUUUAAAAUUAAAUUUACUUGAUGUUGAAUUCUUCAGAUGCUGAUUCAUUUAGGUUUGGCCUUGAUAAAUUAUAUUAUCUCAGACAUUGUGUAUAUUAAGAAGAGUUAAUUUUUUUUAUAUUUAACAGAAGUCAUUUGGCGAUCUUGAUUAUGUAUUUGAAACAUUUUCUUUGGCAGCAAAAUUUGACAGUGCACUUGAUCCUGUUAUUAUGUUAAUGACAGUUGUGUUGUUGUUGUUGCAUUGUGAUUACGAUUUCAAUAGAUUACAUUUAGUCUUUCCCUGCCUUUUAUUCCCUUUCUCUGUGAUUUGAUGCAUUUGUACAGAACUAUCUUGUUUUAGUUACAAGAACCUUGCCUGGAUUUUGAAUCGUCAGUUUCUGUACAAGCACCUUCUGAGAGGGUAAGAUUUUGUGGGAGAGUGUUACUAAAAGAUGAGCAUGUUAUGUUCUAAAAAUGGAAAAAAGAUCAGUUUGUUCCCAUGUUCCAUUAUCCAUGUGCUGUGAUGAUUCACCUCGUAUUCAGCAAAUUUCAGGCAUGUGCACCUCCUGCCUGUAUCCAAAAGCAGCAGUCAUGAAUUUUCCUGUGAUGGAUUCCCUCUUGAUCCACUGUGACAAAACUAAGCUUUUCUGGAUGACUGGCUACACUUUUGAUGCAUCCUUUAACAAGUGGUUGUUUGGACAAAAACAAUUUUUAUUUACAAAGGUAAUGAAAUAUAUUUGUAAAUGAAGGUGGUGUUAUGAGAUAUUUGCUAAGAUAUUGUGCUGUUAUCUCGUAUUAAUGUUUCUGAGGGAGAAUGGUUUAGUUGUUGUUUUUGUCUUCAACAUACAUAUAUCCAGUUAUUUUAUAUGAAUAAUCAUUUUAGAUCCAUGUAAAAAUGUAGAGCAGGCAACAGGAGAGUGGUGAGAUUUUAUGGUUAAAUAUCCCUCUUUGGAGUAUGUAGACAUGCUGUAUUUGCUUUCUGUGUCACAUAAAGUGGAAAAAAUCAACUAACUCUCAAAAGGUAAUAUGACUGUUUUUUCUUCAAAUUGUUCACUAUUCCAUUUUAGUUUUCUCAGAUUUUAUUGGCUAAAUGUUUCGUAAAAGAUAAUCUGCACAUUAACUUGUUCAUGCAAUCCCUUCUUAAUUGCAUUUCCCAUAGAUAAUAAUGGUAUAGACAUUUCUGCAAUAGUGGAUUCAAGUCAGUUUUUAAUUGAAUAUCCACAUGUUUGCACUCAUCAGUAAUACUGUAUGUGAUGUGAAGAGUCUGGAUAUACAUAUGAAGGAAAAUAAUUUUGCUAGUCUUAAUGUUAACAGCUGUCUGCAUGUUUUAUGCAGCAUGGAUUUUAGAAUGGCAUGAUUGGUUUAACAUUUUUAGUAACAGAAAGGUUUGAGUAUAAAUAUUACAAGCUCAGAAUGCCCACUUUGAGAUGAUUUGUCAUUCCAUAGUUUUAAUGUCUUUGGAAAAGGGGGAAGAUAUUAUUAUUGAAAUAAAAUAUUUUUGGUUUUGCCUAUAAUUGUUACAUUUGGCAAGGUUUCCGUGUGGAUUUGUUCCACUCUACAAAGCAGAAGUGUUGUUUCUGGUCUCCUCAAUUUAUUUGCUCUAGAAUUUUUGUUCUGGUGCAAAGUUCAUUGGAUACUAUAGGAAAGUUCUUGUAGAAUGUAAACACUUUUGGAUUGAAUGAGACCACUCACUGGAAAGCAGAAGCUAGUGUAAAAUACACACAGAAAACACGGUACUGGCCUGUGUGUGUGUGUGUGUGUGUGUGUGUGUGUGUGUGUGUGUGUGUGUGUGUACUCUUAGCUCAUCAAAGAAGCCAGAAGCAGCAAGUUUUCUUUCUUUUGUGUGUACCUAUCAAAAACUUAACACUCCAGCUUUUUGGUGAGUGGUCUUCUUUAACCCAAAAGUAUUUAUUAAGUUGAUUAGCAUGUUUUUGCCUUAUUUCAAAACUGUGAAGCUGGCAUGGUAUUUUAAUUCUGUCUCUUCAGUAUAAAGUGGAUAUAGCUUUGAUACCUUGUUCAAGUGACACCUUUUCUGACAUGCAGGCUAUGAUUAUAAAUUACAUUCUGCCUCCUGUUUACCAUUUUAAUUUACUGAUUGCCAUAUGCAUAAUGUUGAAAGUGUGUUAGCAAAAUUGUGACCAGAAAACUGAAGUGAAUAGUGAAUGAAGUGCUCUUAUUGUAUAUUAGUUUUGGUACAGGUAAACAUGCAAGGGAUACUGUUAGUGAAGUUGCUGCAUAUUUACCGUAGUAGAUCCUUCCCUUCAGAGGAGCUGUUUGAAAAUUAGAAGAGAUUUAAAUGUUUUAACUGUUAUUUCUUAAAUUUCUAACAGUAUUCACUAUGGACUUUGUAUAGUUUAUUCAGAAGUUAAUAUAUUCUUGUAUUUAUUAUUCAUGUUGUAGCAGUUGCCUCUAUUUUAAUUAUUGGCGAGAGAAAUUUAAUGUUUGUAACAAGUGUUCGGAGGAAACUUGCCGCAGUUUUGUGUGUUAAUUAAUGUUACAUUGGUGAUGUCUCAUAAUACUCACAACUUGUCCAUUUUGUAGUACCUUGCCUAAAUGAAGAGAACCCUUCCGUCCACCUGUCUUCUUUCUCUCUCCCUUUUUUUGUUAACACUUUUGCAUUUGUUUCGAAGGUAGGUUGUUUGUUUAGUACAUAAACACACAUUAUCUACUACACUAAUGGCAAUUGCUUUUUGCCUGAUGAACCUUGCCCAGAAGGAAGAAUACAUUGUCAGCAUUUGUAUGAUGUUAUUUAUUUAUGGCUUUGUAUUUCACUAGGUUUUCGAAUCUUGUAAUUCCUAUGGCAAUUAGAAGACGAAGUGUAACAUAAAAUAUUCCUUAUUUAUUCAGUGUGGCCGUUUGUAACUCAGAUUUUGUUAGCAUUUUACCAGUAAUCUUUCUUGUGAUCAAUAUUUUGAUCUCACUUUAGCCAUUUUUUGUAACCCAGUGACUCAGUCUAAUUAAGAGUUGUUUUUCAGCCCCUCCUAUACAGCAGCUUCACAUGUGACUUUUAUUUUUAGAUAGCACAUUUCUUUGUUGUUUCUGUUUUAGGUUUUCAGUUUUAAAGAAUGGUUGAGAGGACUGAGACUGAAUAAUCAGUCGUGAGAGAAGAGGUAUAGAUUGGGGAAAGUUAAAAACAAAGACCAAGUCAGUUAGACCACAGAGUGAUGAGGAUCCACCUUUUGUGAGGAGGUGGGUGCUUCUGAGUGUCCUGAUCCUCCUUUUUAACUUUCCCCAAACUAUCCCUCUUUUCUAUCCGAGGAAGGAGCUAAUAGUUCAAAAAGCUUGGAUAUGUGCGUUUUUGGCCGGACUAAAAAUUAUUAUAUUUUCCUCAAGUGAGUUUUCCUGCUCAUCAACAAUCUAAAUUUAUUAUCCAUAAAUACACCUGUUCAUUGACACAAUUUGAAAAUAGGUUAAUUUAUAUGACUAGUUUCAAGAUACAUACUUCCACCAUCAAGCAGUGUAUAUCCCAGCAAUACACACAACUACUAUCCAGGUUUUUCAUACAAUAUUCUUGUAAGCCUCACAUGUAACACUGGCAUACGGUAUGGGUUCAGUUUAUGUUGUGCCAGUAAUCAAACACUUGCAGAUAUAGUGGUCCAUGUUUAUUCAUUCUUCGUUGAGGCAUCUUAUUCAAUGGUGGACACAAGAUUUCAGCCAAAUUUGUUACGCAAGUAAAUACUGUUUUCUACUAAGUAGGAAGACAACAGAGUGAACUGUAUUAUAUGCCACAUUAGUAACUUCAAUGACAAAAGUGAUAACACUAGAUAGUAGUCAACAUCCUACACAUUUCUCAAUAACAUCCUAUGUAUUAGAUAUUGGAGCAUGAGAUACAUGUGUUAAUUAUGUAAUUGUACUAGCAAUAAUGCAUAUGAGAAGUGCUGUAAUUAUUAUUUGCAGUCAAUAAUUAUGUGGUAGGCCAGAGCUGUACCUGAAAAUCUGAACACCACAUGCAGGAUGACAUUCAGCACAUGUAUAAGUUCUCAUUAGACCCUUCAGAUCAAGCACAUGAGGUUCUUGUCGUGUAAUGCGUUUGACAUUCACUAUGUAAUUGUCACUUUAAGUGAUUAAUGUCGCAUACAAAAGUAGUGUAUUCUGAUGUCUUAUCCUGUGAUGGGCCACAAGCAUUUAUUAAUAGCAUAACAGACAAUGUUAAAACCUAGUGUUUGGCUUUAAGUGUAAGGCAAUUGUGGUAAGACCUUGUGUUUUGAAAUGUGUGUGUCACAUUAAUGUAAUUUAUAAUUGUGUGACUGAGCGUAUGCAUUAUUGACUAGAAAUUGAAAGCUUUGAGAGACUGCUGCAACUCUUUUGUAGUGGUUGGAGGCUGAACUAUUUCUUCUGUCUUCUUAUGCAAUCUUCUAGCUGUGAUUUCUUACAUCACACUUUCUGAAGAUAUGGGAUGUGACAGGGACUCUUAUUUUCAUUCUGUAUCAUUCCUUUAGACUUCCUCAGCUUUGAAGUUUGUCUUCGAUCACACCAUCUUUGGCCAUCUUUUUUCCUCUGCACUGUCAAAGUUUGAGAUUCUGUACCAUUUUGUGUUGCAUUGGACAAAUAUAGGAAAAUGUGACAUCUUUCUUGUGUAGUUUAUCUAUAUAACACCUUUGCAUCCUUGACCCUCUCUUUCCAAGAAAUGCACUACAAAUGAUACACCCAACAUCUUGCCCUUGACCUGGGUUAGGGCCUAACCAUUCAUCCUAUGCUUAAAUGUGGGAUACAUUUAGCACCUGAUGAACAAAGCUUUACAUCCAAAUUGAAGAUGAUAUUGUGAAGGAGAUUCUUCAUAUUAUUGAAGAUGUUUCAAGCACACUCAGCUCAUAUUCUGAGCUCUUUACUGCAUUGCCAGUCUUUAUUUAGGCUUUGAUUGAAAUUUGUAUUCUGGCAAAAGUUCAAUAUCUCUUCCUCUGCCAGCUCAGUUCUCCUAGCAGACACAGUCUAUUGACUGAUUACCAUCCAUUAGGUCCUCCUUAUGGUUAAUGUGAGGCACAGUGGACGUUAUUGCACUUCGUGUAUUGACAGAGCAAGUCAGUUGUGCUAGUUUAAUGGGCCUGCCUCAUGAUUAUUUUCCGGUGCAGAAAUAUUUACCAAAACAGGAGUUGUAAGUUCACUUAGAAAGUGCGUGAGGGUGUCAAUGAAUGUCAAGUAUUGACUCCCACUCUUUUUUUCCUGCCACGUGAGAACUACUUCAUGUAAACUUUUUCACAAAUGUUUAUGGGUCAGGAUGAGUGAGUGGUGGUAACAAACUCUGUUCAGCACGUAGACUUCAGCUGGAGAAGUGCUGUGCCAAAGGAGCAAACUCCACCAUCCUUGUGCGCUGCAGUUAUUAUACCUGUGCUUUGUGCAGCCCUUUUAUGAAAGUAGAAGUGACACUCAGAUGUUACAAAUGCUUAAACGUUCAUCAUAAUUCAAACUGAAAUUGUAUUAUUGACCUGUGCACUUAUUGUACUUAUUGCUACAAAUUACAUUUGGUUCUCAAAAUUGUGACAGUUGCUAAUGGAUACUACAAUGCUACUGCAUACAGAAUUGUUUUAUUACAAAGCUUGGAUGUGGCUGCAGCAAGACAUGACUGGCCCAAAGUUCAAGGAGGUGUUUACAAAUAGUACUUAAUCCAGCGAGCCACACAGUAGGAGGUGGAUGAACUAUUAUGUUGCUCUGCAGUUCUCACUGAGUACUGUGCCACUCAUAAAAAGUUGCAUUUGUUAUAAAUUUCAAUCUUCCAUACUCAUACUCUGCCAACCAGUAUGCAAGUUUGAUGAUAAAAUCUUCUGUGUCAUUAUGCCACCUUUUCAAACUUCUCUAUUCUCAAUAUUUCAAUCUCUCUGGUGCUACCUUCUUCAGGAUUCCACUGCCGUCUCUGGACGGCUGAACACUGUUGAUAGUGUUGUGUUCCCUUAUUUUAUUUUAUUUUAUUUACUUAUUUAUUUAAUUGUUUUUAGAAAUGGGGUUAACCAAUAAAAAUCUGCCGUGCGGUCAUUGAGUAAAUACUGAGGAAAGAGGGAAAGGGGGGGGGGGGGGGGGUGUGAAUCCAAAAUAAUAUUGUUGUGCUGCCUAGGUUGUUCCUCAUUCACAUUUGUUGUUUGUUUACUCCUUUGAUAGCAGGUAGCCACAAAUAUGGAAACCUGUAACCGCUAUCUCUUUUAAAACUGUACUUAUUCUUCAAUAUUUCGACCACUGAAGAGUUUUACUCGGUAACUCCACUUCUUUCAAAACUGCAGGAAAGUAGCCUUUUAUGAGUGAACACAACACUUUUUUAACAAUAUUCAGCUAUCCAAGGAAACCAGUGGAACCCUGAAGAAAAUCCCAGCAACAUAAAGCAUAGGAGAAGUGUGGGGAGGAAUAUGAUGCAGCCUGAUGACACAGAAGAUUUUACCAUUAACGACAAUGACCACAAAUGUUUGCAGGUUUAGUAUACUAAUUUGUCAAACAUUUAUUCUUCCUGUUUGUGAAGAGGAAGAUAUUGUAGCUCUAGAUAGAGCUACUCACCUCCUCCAGGAUACUUCCACCCUCACCUUAUGUAAUUGUUUAUUAAAUGAUUACCAGGAUAACUCAUUAAGCUUUACAAUACUUUAAAUGUACCUCCUUAAUCAUAAUGGUUGCAAUAAAUUGAAACUGUGUAACUGUGUGUUGCACUGACACUCAAACCUAUGAUAUUUUCCUCUCACGUGCGGGCAGUGUACUUGCAUUUUGCUUACACACCCCUUGCUCCCCUUCCCACUACUCAUGAAUCAUAAGUUUUAACUUGUCUCUAACUUUUUUCAUUCUUGUUAAACUCUGUAUUGUUGUUUUCCCACAUUGUAGUGGACAUCACACCCAGGCAAUGGAUGCAGUGGAUAGUUUGCUUUCAAUACAGCCCCAGUGUAGCCGCUGAGGGUGAAAUAGGAAGUAGGAAGUUAUAGUUUUAAGUUGAACACCCUCCGCACACCCCCCCCCCCCCCCCCCCCCCACCCACCCAUCUGACUAGUGGUCUGGCAGAUAGUUUUUAGUGUCACAGGUGAUCGACACGGCGUACAUCCCAUGAAGAGCAGAAGAGAAAGUAAUCAUUGUCAGCAGCAGCUUAGCUGAGUAUUUUUUGUACCAAUAUAAGGUUUUAAAUUGUGUAAAGGUCUGCUAUCAUUCAGUGCUCCAGAUUAAAAGUGAAAGAUAGUUGAGAGAAUCAAAAUACUUCCAUAAUUUUUUCCCACGAUUACUGUUCAGUGAGCAGCUAUAAGUAGUGUCUAUGUGCAGGUUCCUUGUUGUGUAAUAAUCUGGCAGUGAUUUUUAACUGAAAACAAGAACCAUCCCUGUCAAAUCAUUGAGUAGAUUUUUGUUGAGUUGUGGGCCAGAGUAGCUUUAUAUUAUUUGUGACUGUGAAAUUUGUCACAUUGGCUGUAUAUUUUAUGUAUUUGUUUAGCCUCAGUUACGUUUAUUGUGGUAUAGCUUUAAGCAUUUGUAGAAAUGAAAGUUGUCUGUAAUAUUGUUGACAGUAUUGUUUUCAAGAGCAGCUAUUUUGUACGUAUGUACAGAUUGGAGUAUCAUAUAUUAAAGUAUUUUACUCAUUUUUCUUAUAAUAUACUUGUGUAUAAUAUCUUGUAGACAGCAAGAGAAAUCAGAAAAUUUUGAUAGCCCCAGCAGGAGUUAUUUUUACACCACAUUGUAUUUAUAAUAGGUACUUAACUGACCUGUAUGCAUGUUCAAGAUAAAACAUUUACAACCAUAUAA